UCUUUAAGAGACUGAUGUUGAAUGGUUUCUUAUCCUUGAUAGGCCUUCUUUCGUUAAUCUGAACUGAGAUGACAUGAGCAUAACUGGACUCUUGGCUGGCAUCUAGCCUGCAGUUCCAUCAUUUCUAAUUCUUUCUAUCAUCGCCUAAACGCGUGACGAUAAGUACAGGUUUCAAAGACUUAAUGAAAUUUUGGGUAGCAGAAGGCUUGAAAAAGCACCGUGCCCCUCAGGCUUGUUUGAGCUGCAGGAACAGCUGCUCUUUGGCCUUCGGCUGACCUCAGAAACUAGAAAUACUUAUUUCAGGCUUUGUCCAUUUGGCCACGGUGGGCAGGAGUGGAAAGCACCUGCCAGGUGUUGUCAUAAGACCGCCACAAGGAAACUUCUACAAGCUUUGUGGCUUAAGAGCUGCUCCCAACCCUCCCUUCAACCACAGCAAUGUGCUGAGCGCCCCCUGUGUGCGAAGCUCGGUAUCGGGCAAAUAGAGGCAGCGUUACUCCUUCCAGGGUGUUCCACGGUCUUCACAACCCACUCCUGCAGGCACCUCUUGUUCUUAUCUUACAGAAGUUAAGGGUAACCGACGGGAAGCCUUGGGCUGUAGGACGGGGCACGUCCUUGGAUAACUGGCCCUGUGACCUUAAGCAACUCGCUUGCCAAGCGGGAGUUGAUGCUGGAGGUCUCUUCCCAUUUGAACACUGCCCAUUUAGGGUCUCGAGUGUUCGGUGGCUGCUGGAACUGGGUCCCUAAACUUUGGGGCAUGAUUCCCUGCCGCCCUGGUUCGGAGUGGAGCAAGGGAGAGAUUCCAAGCACGCGCCCCGCUUCCCACGAUGAGACCUGGACCCCAGCGGCCAGGGCCGCGCCGGAGCGCCGGGCCGGAGCGAACUACGGUGCCCGGGAGGGGCCGCUGCGCUCCUCGCGAAGCUUUCCCUCCGCCAAUCACCGCCCGAGGCCCGCCCAGCCCGUGGCCGGAAGGAGCCGUUGCCCCGAGUAAUUGCAACUUCCGGCUUUCUGAGUUUGGCGGCGGGAAAAACCAUGAGUAAAGGCCGGGCGGAAGCCGCGGCGGGAGCCCCCGGGAUCCUGCUGAAGUACCUGCAGGAGCAGAAUCGGCCCUACAGCGCCCAGGACGUGUUCGGGAACCUGCAGCGGGAACACGGACUGGGCAAGGCGGCGGUGGUCAAAGCGCUGGAGCAGCUGGCCCAGCAAGGCAAGAUCAAAGAGAAGGUGUACGGCAAGCAGAAGAUAUACUUUGCAGACCAGGACCAGUUUGACAUGGUCAGUGAUGCUGACCUCCAAGGCCUGGAUGCCAAAAUCGUGGCCCUUACUGCGAAGGUGCAGAGCUUGCAGCAGAGCUGCCGCCACAUGGAGGCUGAGCUGAAGGAGUUAACAAGUGCCCUGACCACACCGGAGAUGCAGAAGGAGAUUCAGGAGUUAAAGAAGGAAUGUGCUGGCUACACCGAGAGACUGAAGAACAUCAAAGCGGCCACCAACCACGUGACUCCCGAGGAGAAGGAGCAGGUGCACAGAGAGAGGCAGAGGUACUGCAAGGAGUGGAGGAAGCGGAAGAGGAUGGCAACCGAGCUGUUUGAUGCAAUCCUUGAAGGCUAUCCCAGGAGCAAGAAGCAGUUCUUCGUAAGUGCCGCUCUCCCUCCCCGGCUCCGGGCCUUCGUGGGGCCGGUCUCAUUCUUGUCUCCCUCUGGCCCACAGGAGGAAGUGGGGAUAGAGACAGAUGAAGACCACAAGGUCACGCUCCCAGACCCCUGAGGGCGCCUCCAGGAACGGGGCGGAACAGGGCUCUCCUGGACUAGCCGCCUUGUCUAAGUCACCUUUUUUUGUUGUGUCCACUGCUGCCCACCCUUGGGCGUACACCGUGUGCCGGGUGGAGGGGGCGAGCCCCAAGGGGCCCGGAGAGGACGGGCACACUCAUUUCAUCAUCCACGUUUCAACUGUUUGAAUUUAACACUUAGACUUGGACAACGCUCGAGGAAAGCAUUUGGCAAUAUUUAUUGUUAUAUAAUUUGAUAUAAAAAUAUUUCAUUUCCUCUGGAUAAUCAAACCUCCCGGACAUCAAAUCUGAGGAAGGCAAAAGGGAACUCGGGGCAAGAGUAAAGAGAGGCUACUGUACACGCAUUCAGGGAGCCGGGCCUCACCCAGGACUGGCCUGGGCUCUCUGCUCCGGAAGACCUGGAGAGUAGCUUCUCCAACCCCUUCCCCCACCGCAAGUCCUGGGUAACUUCUCAUGCAGGUGGCACUGAGACAGCUGAGAACCAGAUACACUUGACAGAAAGGCCACAAGUGGCCUUGAGGCCAGUUAGUUUUCCAAAAUUAUAACGUUAGCAAAAUUGCAUUGUUUAGAAAAAUUAAAAAAAAAUUUAACAUGUA